AUGAAUUUUGGUAAGUUGCCAAACGAAUUGAAAUACAAAAUAAUCGAAUAUUUGCCUCAUGAUACGUUAAAGGAUCUUUAUGACAUCUUGCCGACUUCAUCUGGAUGGAAAUCGCUUCUAGCGAGUAGACUUUAUAGUCAUAUAUCAAUUUCGAACGAGAAUCCUAUGGAGAACGCUGAUGCCUAUCGAAUUUCUUUCAAGGAGUUAGAACAGCUUGCUUGUGGGGAAAUUGAUGCACAGGUUCAACGUUUGGAUUUCGAAACGUAUCUGGGGACCGCAGUCUUCAAUAAGUAUCUAAACAUGCUAACGAGACUCUAUUCUGAUUUCAUUGCAAACAUUCCCCAGAUUACUUUUAAAGGUUAUCAUUCAUACCUCGAUAAAUUAUUACCUGAAACUUUAAGAAAUAACAUGACUGAGCUCACGCUAAACAUUGCCUUGUCAACUUUCAGCACUGAACAUGACCCUCUUCCACCUAAAUUAGAGGUUUUGCGUUUUUGGGGUCGUGAAUCAACAGCAAAGCUUAAGCUGAUUCCAAAGUCUCUCAGGAGCAUUUCUGUUGACGAUGUUGAUAUCGAUAUACUGUUUCCCUCCGAAUUUGAUGACCAUGGAUCUUUUGUCCGGGACAUGUCGAAAACUUUCCCUGAACCUCUCACCAGCCUAUCGCUUACCGAUUAUUACAAAAUACGUCACAAGACGUUUACAGAUAAGCUUACGUUUUUAUGUAUUCGCGACUGUUACUUUGGUCUGUCUGAAAUAGUAAACACCACUUGGCCAAGAAGUUUGAAAGAAUUGAGAUUAGAGCAACUUUACAUAGAAAACUUGACUGGUGUCGUGUUUCCCCCAUCUCUCGACAUCCUUUCACUUGAAGAUUGCGGUAUAGAGUCAUUCAAGGGUGCUGUAUUUCCAGAGCUGUUGCAAUCUCUUGAUAUUUCCCUUAAUCCAUUUAAAGAUUUGGAUGGGGUCAUUUUUCCCAACUUGAAAAAACUAGAGUUUAGAAAUCAAGAUCUAGUCACUUUGUCUGGAGCUCGUUUUCCAUGGACCUUGGAAAGUCUCGCGGGAACUUUCAAAGGGUAUGAAUCGAACGAAAUGGACCUGCUCCAAAACCUAAGGAAAUUGAGUGGCAGAGUAGACAAUGAAAAUUUUACCUUUCCCUCACAGGUAGAGGAAUUGGACUUAGUGCUAGGAGAGGAUGUGAAUUAUUCCAAGUUACUUUUUCCCAAAACAAUCAAGAAUCUCUCUUUGAAGGGAGGAAAGUCCAGCAACUUUGAUUGGAAACUUCCCCUCCUCGAGGAAUUGCGGCUCGAAGACUUCCACGGCCCUGUUCAAGUUCCACACACUGUGACGAUGCUCAUGCUUAAGUCAGAAUACCACGAUCCUGAUGGAUUGACACUUCAUGAAGGAAUCAGACACUUGGUACUUUCGUGUCAAUUGACACAGUAUCCACUCUCAUUGAGAGAAUUGGAAUUUUGGGAUUUCACAAGUAAGUCUUUAAAUCUUGAUCUUCCCAACUUAAGGAAACUCAAGAUCCGAGCAAUUAGCAAUCAAGUCAUUUUACCUUCUUUCCCCCCGAAGCUAAGAUUCAUUGAUGGCAGCUUCGAUAAUGCAACCAUGGAAAGGUUUUAUUCAUUACAAGGUUGA